GUGUAAGACAUGGUAAAGCUCAUGAAAUUCUCCGUCGUCGUUCAGUAUUUUUUGCUCAAGAAAUCAAGAAUAAUAUAGUUCAGUUAGACAAAGUCAAUGAAGAAAUGAAGAAUUUAGCGCUUCGUUUGUCAGCAUCAUCCUCAUCAUCAAAAUCAUCACAGUCAAAAUCAGUCGAGUCUUUAAAUAAUGCUAAUAAAGCGAUAAAAGAAGUUAAAGAACAACUGUUAGAUAUUUCAUUAUAUUUACAAGUUGAUGUCGAUGGAUUGGGACGUGUUGAUCAUGCAUUAGAAUCUCAAAUCAAUGGUUUAAAUGAGCUAUCGCUGAAAUUAAAAAAUGAAUUUAAUAAAUUACAGAAUCCUGUUGAUUGUAAAAAAGCGAAAUAUGUUAUAGCUACACUUGAUCGACCAUGUGCAUUCGGUUGUAAUACGCAUCAUUUAAUGCAUUGUUUUCAAAUGGCUUAUGCAACAGGUCGUACAUUAUUAUUAUCAUCGACAAUGGGUUAUUCUGAUCUCUAUACAAAAUGGUGGAUCGAUAAUUUUCUUCCAUUAUCUGAUAAAUGUACUGUGAAUGAUAUACCAUCAAAAAUAUAUUACAACUAUAGUUCAUCUAGUCGAUCUAUGUGUUACUGUGUACACAUCUUGCCGUCAUCAUCAUCAUCGUCAUCGUCAUUAAAAUGGAGAGUAUCAUUAAAAGAUUAA